GACUUAGGAGAAGUUUGAGGGCAAAGGGCUCCUUUUAUUUUCAUCAUUGACAUGUUAUAACGUAGAUGAUGGGUCUAGUUAAAAUCUCUCAACAAGGAUCCACACUCCAAAUUCUAGAAAGGAGAGCACCAUAAAAGGACAAAUUUUGAACGACGGUUACUAAGUCUUCGGUCCAUUUAAAGAAUUACAUCUGCAACUCUUCGUCCAAGUAGCACUAAUGUCAAUUUCAACACUGGCUCUGCGGUUGAGGGUAGAAAGCGUCUAAACAAGGACUUGGAAACAGUAAAAGUUGCCGACAAAGGCAGUAACGGGCACCAUGAGUCUUUCAGAAAUGUGAAUGCACACGACAACCUUAAAGUUGAUGUCUACAGCUCCUGCAAUGGCAGGAAAAUUGCAAUAACAGCAGCAGCAGCAGAAGCUCAUUGGGAAGUGAUUCUGCCAAUGUGGUGAGGGUUAAAAGAAUGAGAAUAGCGUACACUGUUAAAUCUUCUAGUUCUGCUUCUGUGGAAAUCACCUACUGCAUGCAGUUCUAUUUCUCACUCUGGACACCGAAGCUGUAACAAAAGUUCAGCGUCGACUUCAAUAUCAUCAUCGCCAUCACAUUCAACUCAUCGAGCAUCACCAUCAUCAUCAACUCCUCGAUUAUCACCAUCAUCAUCGCCAUUACAUUCAAUACCACCAUCAUCACCAUUUCUUCCACCAUCACCAUUACCAACAUCUUCACCACCACCAACACCAACAUUUUUACCACCAUCACCAUCACCAGCACAAGGUAAUCACCACCAUGUUGGUUCAUGGAAAAUCGCUAUAGGUAACAGAUCAAUUAUCCUUUUACUUUCCUUUUUCACUAUUUCGUGAGUUACUUUUAUGACAAAUGCGUAAUCCAUCUGCAAUGAAAAAACAAUUAUAUAGACAAUCUUAGACCGUGCCUUCUGCCCUUGUUGCCGAAUCCAAAAUAAGACUUGCACAUUUGGAAAAAACUUUGAAGUUCUUUGGAAAAGAAAAAUAGCCUUUAGAAUCGGCCAAGACAGAAUAAACAACAGUAUUCUUUGGGAGCAACUGAUACACAACUAAUUUAAGCACUAAUUCAAUAAGUUAUUUUUAUGCAAUGACUUAUGCCAUAAAUUUAACUAUGAAACUUGUUAGGAUAAUAUGACAACAAUUUAUUCUAUUAAGUUAUAUUAAGAAACUUGUUGAAAUAUGUUCAAAAGAACUUAUGUGAACUGCUUUCACAGGUUGUCUAUAAGGUCUUCGAAACAGUAGUUUAAUUGUAAUACAAGUCCUUUUGUUGAAUCUACAAAAGGCAUAUAACUAUUUGCCUAGCACACUCGCAAAGUCUUGAAGCAUGGACACAUAGUGCACAGACUCACUCUACCUUAUAUAAAAUUUGAUAUUUUUUAGACGAAAGGUGAAAGAAGGAUUGGAAUAUUCAGACUACUGGUUAUAUGGGUUUAGACACCGAUACAAUGCAUGUCGUAAACUAUCUUAAAAAAUUAAGUUAUUGAAUGAAAGCACAAAAAUGAUUUUUUGUUCAACCGUUUUGCCAUUCAACUAUUUCCAGCGUAGCAUUUGGAAGGGGUUGAGAAGGGAUUUUAUAAUUAGCAAGCCUAAUAUUAACUUUCAUAGAAAAAAUCUGGACGCUAUACUUCUUAUAAGGCUUAGAUUGCCGGACACAUUAAACUGAUAAAAAUUAACUUUCCAAAAUAAAGGUUAUCAAUUGUUUCUGAACUCCCAAUUCUACUACUAUAAUGUUUUAACAGGUAUUGCUAGUGGGAUCAUGACAGCAAUAUUGUUAUGCAUCAUAAUUUCUUGUUAUAGACACAAGUCAUUAUCAUUGCAAGUCAAACUUUGGUUGACCACAAAGAGUGACCUACAUAUCGAAGCAUUCUUAAAAGAGCAUGGAGCUCUAGCACAGAAAAGAUACAAAUUUUCAGAAGUCAAGAAAAUGACCAAUUACUUCAAAGAUAAACUGGGUCAAGGUGGUUUUGGUGCCGUAUAUAAAGGAAAGCUACCCACUGGUUACCCUGUGGCUGUAAAAUUGUUGAAAUCAUCCAAAGGAAAUGGCGAAGAUUUUAUCAAUGAGGUUGCUAGCAUUAGUAGAACCUAUCAUGUUAAUGUUGUCACCCUUCUUGGAUUUUGUUUGGAAGACCAGAAGAAAGCCCUCAUCUAUGAGUUUAUGGCAAACGGUUCCCUCGAUAAGUACAUUUACAAUGAAGGGCCUGAAACCAUUGCAUCUUUGAGCUGGGAGAAUUUGUAUCAAAUUGCAAUAGGAAUAGCUCAUGGUUUGGAGUACUUGCAUAGGGGAUGCAAAACUCGAAUUUUACAUUUUGACAUAAAACCACAUAAUAUUCUUUUGGAUGAGAAUUUCUGCCCCAAGAUAUCAGAUUUUGGGCUAGCAAAGCUCUGUCCAAGGAAAGAGAGCAUUAUCUCCAUGUCAGAUGCUAGAGGGACAAUGGGAUAUGUAGCUCCAGAAAUGUGCAAUAGACAUUUUGGUGGAGUUUCACAUAAGUCUGAUGUUUAUAGCUAUGGAAUGAUGCUACUAGAAAUGGUGGGAGGAAGGAAGAAUAUUAAUGACGAAGCAAGUCAAACAAGUGAGAUAUUCUUCCCACAUUUGGUAUACAAGAGGCUUGAGUUGGACAAUGAUAUAAGACCAGAUGAGGUGAUGACCAUAGAAGAAAAUGAGAUUGCAAAGAAAAUGACCAUAGUGGGUUUAUGGUGCAUUCAAACAUUUCCAAAUGACAGGCCUACAAUGAGUAGAGUGGUAGAUAUGUUGGAAGGCAGCAUGAAUUCCCUGGAAAUUCCACCAAAACCUUUGCUUUCUUCUCCUACUAGAACGGGAACAGAGUCUUCCUCUUCUAAUUAAUUUUAUUGCAUUUUGGGCUAAGCUUUCAAGUUAUAUUGUAAAAUGGAACAGUCAACAUAUUUGUUUGAUACUUUUCAGACUUCCUGAAAACCAAAUGGAUCUCACAUGUGUGUUAAACUUUAACUGUUACUACAUUGAUUGCAAAAGACAUACCAAUUGUGUCGGAUAACUUUAUUAUAACAAGCCAAAUUAAAGUGUAUAAUUGU